CGCAACCACGGCCGCAGCCAUGAAGUGCCUCCUGCUCGCCCUGGGCCUGGCCCUCGUGUGUGGCAUCCAGGCCAUUGUCGUCCCCCAGACCAUGGAGAACCUGGACCUCCAGAAGGUGGCUGGGACGUGGCACUCCUUGGCCAUAGCGGCCAGUGACAUCUCCCUCCUGGACGCCGAGCCCGCCCCCCUGACAGUGUACAUCCAGGGGCUGAGACCCACCCCCGAGGGCAACCUGGAGAUCGUUCUGCGCAAAUGGGAAAACAACAGGUGUGUUGAGAAGAAAGUCUUUGCAGAGAAAACCGAGCAUGCAGCCAAGUUCAACAUCAACUAUCUGGAGGAGAACGAGGCCUUCGUGCUCGACACGGACUACGAGAACUACCUGUUCUUCUGUGUGGAGAACACGGACGCCCCCGAGCAGAGACUGACGUGCCAGUACCUGGCCAGGACCCUGAAGGUCGACACCGAGGUCAUGGGGAAAUUCAACAGAGCCCUCGAGACUCUGCCCGUGCACAUCCGGCUCUUCUUCAACCCGAUGCAGGCGGAAGAGCAGUGCCACGUCUAGGUGAGCUCCUGCCUGACCCGCCUCCUGGGGUCCCAGAGACGACAUCGUCCGCUCCCUCCCCCUUCAGAGGAAUCAGGAGGGACCAGGCCCCAGGUCCUGUGGGACCCGCUCCUCCAGGGGACGGGGUCCUCGGGGCGCCAGCCUGGGGUGCCCUGCUCUGAGCCACUCCUCCCGCAGCAAUAAAGAACUCAACCAGCCAGCA